UCACUAAUAAACGAUCGGCCAAUGAGGCGUCAGUUUACUGUCGCGUGGUUGCCAGGGAGGGAAAAGUUCCGCUGCUGUUCGCGGGCUGACAUGACAGACGGCAGUAAACUCAUCAUGGACGUAGAGAUGGUGGAGGCUGAGCAAAAGCCGACAGAGAGCGGGCAGAAGGUGGACACUGGAGCCGGGGAAGCUUCGACUAAAAGCUCCGGCGUCACCUACGAGCUGCCCUGGGUGGAGAAAUACCGUCCGGUGAAGUUGAACGAGAUCGUGGGGAACGUGGAGACGGUGAGCCGGCUGGAAGUGUUCGCCAGAGAGGGAAACGUCCCCAACAUCAUCAUCGCAGGUCCUCCCGGCACAGGAAAGACCACCAGCAUCUUGUGUUUGGCCCGAGCUCUGCUGGGAGCCUCCAUGAAAGACGCCGUGCUGGAGCUCAAUGCCUCAAACGAAAGGGGAAUCGACGUGGUGAGGAACAAGAUCAAGAUGUUUGCUCAGCAGAAAGUCACACUACCCAAAGGACGACACAAGGUCAUCAUCCUGGACGAAGCAGACAGCAUGACAGACGGAGCUCAGCAGGCGUUGAGGAGGAUCAUGGAGAUCUACUCAAAGACGACACGCUUCGCUCUCGCCUGUAACGCCUCGGAUAAGAUCAUCGAGCCGAUCCAGUCUCGCUGCGCGGUGCUGCGUUACUCCAAACUGACCGACGGACAGAUCCUGGCGCGGCUGCAGGAAGUGGUGGAGAAGGAGCGUCUGUCGGUGUCUGACGACGGGCUAGAGGCCAUCAUCUUCACCGCCCAGGGAGACAUGAGACAGGCCUUGAACAACCUGCAGUCCACGAACUCCGGCUUCGGCUACAUCAACAGUGAGAACGUCUUCAAAGUGUGCGACGAGCCUCACCCUCUGCUGGUGAAAAGCAUGCUGGGACACUGUGUGGACGGGGACAUCGACAAGGCCUACAAGGUGGUGGAGCAGCUGUGGGCGCUGGGCUACUCUCCAGAGGACAUCAUCGGAAACAUCUUCAGGGUCUGCAAGACGUGCCAGAUGCCCGAGUACCUCAAACUGGAGUUCAUCAAGGAGAUCGGCUACACUCACAUGAGGGUGUCUGAAGGUGUGAACUCCCUGCUGCAGAUGGCCGGUCUGCUGGGUCGACUCUGCAGCAAGACGGCGCCCCCUGCUGCCAGCUGAACCUCCUUUAAAACCUGCCGCUGCCUCACGGACUCGGAUGUGUUUGAUGCUGACGGAGCUACAGUUAACGCUCCUUCAUUUACACCUGGUGAAGAUGUUUUUGAUGUGAUCGGAGCUUCAGUUUGUUGCACUUGUUUCAACAUCACAGCAGACAUUUUGUUUCCGUCUGUGGAAGCAAAACAACAAACUAGAGACAAUAAAUCAUCUUUGAUCAGUGUCGACA